AUGGACGACAACCGCACCUUCGUAUCCGACUCCCUCCUCCGCCUAACCAACGCGUCAGACUCCACCGCCAUCGACUUCGUGCUCGCAAUCGCCAGCUCCGCGACCUCCGCCAGCGCCCUCCAAGACCAGCUCGUUCCGUUCCUAGAAAUCAGCCCCGACGAGGCCGGCAAAUUCUGCAAUGAACUGUAUCGGCGGGUUGGGAAGGGGGCGAAGAGCGCGAGUAGUGGCAGCGCGCCGCCGAAGGAGCGCGGGGGGGAUACUGCGGCUGCGAAGAAGAAGUAUCGGUUGUUAGAUAUGGAGGAUGAUGCUGUCAGCUCGUCGUUGGGACCCUCGAAUGUUGAGGUUGAUAGGGAGCGGCGGCGUCGGAGAGACAAGGACCGCGGCCGGGAAAAGGAUGAUGUCGGUGGUCGUCGGAGUCGCGGGGAGAAGGAGGAGAGCCGGAAGCGCGAUCGCAGUCGCGAGGAGGCAAGCGGGGACCGGUCUCGAUCGAAGAAGUUGCGGCGGAGGGAUAACGAGGACUUCGAGGACCGCUGGGGAGAUGAGGAGUUUGCGGAGGAUGAGGAGAUCUACGAAGGAGAAGAGGACGCGCAGAGGGGCGAUUUCGAGGAGUCGCCGUCGAAGCGCACUCGGUUGGAGGACGGGUCGGCCUCGCCCCGGUCUCAUUCGUCUGAGGAACUCGAUCCGGAGGCGAAGAAGGAGAGGGAUCGGAAGCGGGACUUAGAGGAGCGAGAUGCGUUCGCGAAGCGGCUGGCUAAUAAAGAUGAUGGCAAGUCGAAGAAGAUAGUCGAGGACCGGACGCGGACGAGCGAAGCCGCCCGGCGACGGGCUUUGGCGGACGAUGCGUCGGCCCGAGCGGAGGUUAUGCCGGAGCUUCGGAUGCGCUCUCGCCAGGAGUAUCUCAAGAAGAGAGAAACGGAGCGGUUGGCGUUGCUGCGACGGCAGGUUGCGGAGGAGACGGCUGAGAUGCGCGAGAACCCGAGUCUCAGUCGCAGGGAGAAGGAAGAGUUUGCCCGGAAUCGGGAAGUACUUCGGAUCGCGGAGGAGCGACUCAAAAUCGACGACUACCGCGAUGGCUACAUGAUGCCGGAUGACUACAUCACCGAGAAGGGGAAGAUCGAUCGGAAGAAGAAGGAGGAGGCUCUCUACAAGCGGUAUGUCGACCGCGAUGACCAGGGCCAGGAGCGGUUUGUCACGGAGCACGAAGAAUGGGAAUUGGAGCAGACGGCCAAGGCCAAGGCGCAAAUCAAGCGCGCGGAGAUUGUGGACGAGGGGAACUACGAGUAUGUGUUUGACGAUUCGCAGAAGAUCAGCUUCGUCAUGGAUGCCAAGAUGGAGGGCACCCAGAAACCGAUGACGCAGGAGCAGCGCGCCCUUCAGACGCAGAUUGAUGCUGCCGAGAAGAAAGCGGCAUCGAUGGAGGAGACCCGGAAGAGCCUCCCCAUCUAUCAAUUCCGGGAACAGAUCAUCGAGGCAGUGAAAAACUACCAGGUGCUCAUCAUCGUCGGAGAGACCGGGUCCGGUAAAACGACCCAGCUCCCCCAGUACCUGCACGAGGCUGGCUACACCAAAGACGGGAUGAAGAUCGGCUGCACGCAGCCCCGGCGAGUCGCCGCUAUGAGCGUUGCGUCUCGUGUGGCCGACGAGAUGGGGGUGAAAUUGGGCAACGAAGUCGGCUACGCCAUCCGUUUCGAGGACAACACGAGCGACAAGACCGUGUUGAAAUACAUGACGGAUGGUAUGUUGCUACGAGAGCUCCUGACGGAGCCGGACCUGGGUCAAUACUCUGCGCUGAUGAUCGACGAGGCGCACGAGCGGACGGUGCCUACGGACAUCGCGUGCGGUCUUCUGAAGGAUAUCGCCAAGGCGCGCCCUGAUCUGAAGCUGUUGAUCUCAUCCGCGACUAUGGACGCGCAAAAGUUCCAGCAGUAUUUCAACGACGCGCCGAUCUUCAAUAUCCCUGGACGUCGGUACCCCGUGGACAUCCACUAUACGUCGCAGCCUGAGGCCAACUAUCUAGCUGCCGCCAUCACCACCGUGUUCCAGAUCCACAUCUCCCAAGGUCCUGGCGAUGUGCUGGUGUUCUUGACCGGUCAGGAGGAGAUCGAGGCAGCCGAGCAGAGUCUGCAAGAGACAGCGCGGAAACUGGGGAAUAAGAUACCAGAAUUGAUCGUCUGCCCGAUUUACGCCAACCUGCCCUCUGAGCUCCAGACGAAGAUCUUCGAGCCUACACCCCGAAGGCGCGCAAAUCUUACGAUCGACGGGAUUGUUUACGUGAUCGAUCCUGGUUUUGUCAAGGAGAACGUGUUCAAUCCGCGGACGGGAAUGGAGAGUUUGGUGGUCACACCCUGCUCGCGGGCAUCGGCCAACCAAAGAGCUGGACGAGCGGGUCGUGUCGGGCCCGGCAAGUGUUUCCGGCUGUACACGAAGUGGGCGUACCACAACGAGCUGGAGGAAAGCACUACACCGGAGAUCCAGCGAACAAACCUCAGCAGCGUCAUCCUGAUGCUCAAGUCGCUCGGGAUCGACCAGCUUCUCGAAUUCGACUUCAUGGAUCCCCCGCCUGCGGAGACUAUCAUCCGAGCGCUGGAGCAGCUCUACGCCCUGGGGUCUCUGAACGACAAGGGCGAGCUGACGAAGAUUGGACGCCAGAUGGCCGAAUUCCCGACAGAGCCCAUGCUCGCCAAGGCGAUCCUAGCCGCCGACCAGUACGGCUGCGUAGAGGAAGUCCUCUCCAUCGUGUCGAUGCUAGGCGAAGGCAGCGCGCUCUUCUUCCGACCCAAAGACAAGAAAAUCCACGCCGACAGCGCCCGCAACCGAUUCACCAUCAAAGACGGCGGCGACCACCUCACGCUCCUCAACGUAUGGAACCAAUGGGUCGACUCGGACUUCAGCCUCAUCUGGGCCAAAGAAAACUUCCUGCAACAGCGCAGCCUAACACGAGCGCGCGACGUGCGCGAUCAGCUCGCAAAGCUCUGCGACCGCGUCGAAGUCUCCAUCAGCACCUGCGGCGCGACCAAUAUCCAACCGAUCCAGAAGGCGAUCACAGCGGGCUUCUUCCCGAACGCAGCGCGUCUGCAGCGCGGCGGCGACAGCUACCGGACAGUCAAGAACGGCCAGACGGUGUACCUGCACCCGUCGAGUACACUGUUCGAGGUCAACCCGCGGUGGGUGAUCUACUUCGAGCUGGUGCUGACGAGCAAGGAGUACAUGCGGAGCAAUAUGCCGCUGCAGGCGGAGUGGCUGGUGGAGGUUGCGCCGCAUUAUUACAAGAAGAAGGAUCUGGAGACGUUGGGGGUGGAAAAGAAGAUCAAGGGGCAGGGGGCGACGGGGGAGAAGAGUCGAGAUUGA